AUGACCAGCUCAUCUUCUACCCAGCAACGCCCGGAUGAAGAGUCCGGAAACCGCCCGAAACGACGCAAAGUCGCGGUCGCUUGUGAUGAAUGUCGCGCCCGAAAGGUCCGGUGCGACGGCAUCCAACCCGAUUGUGGGCCGUGUACGAAGCGAUCAGAUGCGCGAUGUGUUUACACUGGUGAGCCGGAGAAACGAAGAGCCGUGCGCAACUACAUCGCUAGCUUGGAGGAUAGAAUCAAGCAUCUGGAGGCCCCGGGUUAUGUGCCGAGACGGUCGGACGAUGGGCAGCAGGCGUCACGCUAUACGCAGGCCUCACCUUCAGGUGUCCAGUCGUCGGGACCGCUCAGUCCAUCCCAAACAAUUCCUCUCAACCGGUUUGAUAGCAGAAAUGGCUUCUCUGCAGGCAAUGGAGGCCAACCAUCUCCAUCCUGCAGUCCCUGUCAAGGAAUGCAGCCAAGCAAUGCAGUUUGCCGUCACCCGAUGAACAACGGUACUCUGCACCCGUACCGGGGCCGAUCAGAACGACCUUCAGGCAUUGAGGGACGAGAUGAUGGCGUGAAUGCGAUGAUGGGUUCUCUGGAGGAGGAGCGCCAGACACAAGGAUUCUUUGGCAGCUCAAGUGCUGCCAGCUUCAUGCGUCAGAUCAAAACAGCUGUGGAAAAGAGGGUGGACUCACCCAACCGCCGAACAUCCGAGUCCAUACUGGGAACUACGCCGCAAUCGAGUCUUCUAUCCAGGAGGACCGAAAGACCCUCGUCCAUAUCCAACUACGUGCUUCCUCCAAGAAAAACAGCCGAUAGCCUUAUGGAGGUGUACUGGUGCUUUGUGUUUCCUCUCUAUCCGCUGGUAGACAGCAUUCACUUGCGAGCAGAGUACAGUAAGAUCUGGACCGGAGAAACGCUCAAUUCAGACGAGAAUAUGCUCAUGUGCACGUUCAACGUCAUCUUUGCUUUAGCCUGUCAAUUGGCUGAUUUCAUCCCGCCGGAUGAGCGUGAAGCCUCUGCAGAUGCUUUCUUCUCGCGCGCAAAAGACCUCCUACACUUCAACCUCUGGCAUAGUGGCUCUUUUGGUCUGAUCCAGUGCCUUCUGCUGAUGGCUCAGUACCUACAAAGUACCGACUCGGCACACCAAUGCUGGAUUGUUACUGGGUUGGCGAUUCGGAACGCUCAAAGUCUGGGCCUGCAUCUUCCACAGACCAUUGCCCGUCUAUCAAGCUUUCAAGAACAGCAACUAGCACGGAAAAUCUGGCACGGAUGUGUUCUUAUGGACAGGGUUAUCUCGAUGACGUUCGGACGACCAGCCAUGAUCUCUAAGGCAUCUUGUGGCUCUGUUCCGCUGCCGGCCACAGUGGACGAGGAGUACAUUCCCGCAGCUCUGGGUGGUGAAGUGAGACAACCCGCGGACCGUCCUUCAGUCAUGGCUUUCUACGCCAAGUCUCUUGAACUCUACGAGAUUCUGAACGAUAUUCUGCUCAGUCUCUACAAACCUGUUCCGGAAGAGAGCCCAGAAGACAUCUACGAUUUCUACUUCAACAAAGGACCAGAUGAAGGCGAACGUACGAUCUUCGAGCUCGAUCGAGCUCUCACCAAAUGGACUCGAAGCCUACCGUCUCAUCUUCGAGGAGCUACAUCCCCCAAGCCUGAGGAUGCCGUUUUCUACCACCAGAGUGUGGUUUUGAGAGCUCGAUUCCUACAUGUCCGGAUGCUACUGUUCAGACCAAUUUUGUCCAAGUAUUGUACUGCUCGCGAGAUCACACCCCACGAUCCGCUUAUCCUAGUGAAUGAUUCAUUUCCUCAUCGAGUUGCGCAGCAGUGCUCCGUAAUCUGCGUCAAGGCUGCGCAAGAGGUCAUUGAAUUGAUACACAGCAAUAUCCCUGCCGAUGGUACUUCCGGGCCACUUCCAGCCUGGUGGUACAAUAUUCUUUAUGUCUACACGGCGGCGACGGUCCUGAUCGCUGGCCGUCUCCGGUCAGCUAUCCUCGAAGAAGUAACAGAAACAGCGGUAACUAGAUCCUGGAACUGCGCCCUUGAAAUAUUGCGAAGAUACCACAGCUACAGCUCAUCCGCUCGACGGUGCGUCGCAGCUUUGGAGAUCCUCUACGAAAGAGUCGUGUCCGAAGGACCGGCACAGAAUGAGCCGCCGAACAAUGCUCAACCCAACCCUUCUAGCACCAUGAACGACAUGUCCCUUGGCGAAGGCAUGAAUGCAGUCUUGUUGGACGGGUUUGAUAUGCCUGAUUUUCAGGAUAUGUCGUGGCUGAACAGUGUGCCGAGUAAUCUUUAUUGA